UUUUGUUUUUUUUCAGAAGAUAGUCUUCUAAAAUUGAGCAGACUAUAUGUCAUUUGAGCAGACUAUAGUUUUUUAAAAUUGUUUCACAGUAGGGCGUGAAUCUAGAAAUAUAGAGUUAAUGAGAUACGUGGGAUUGAUGGUAAGAAAUGCCAUCACGGAGGCAUCGACUUUUGUAUAAUUUAUGUCAUGAUGGCUUCAAAGGCAAUUUAGACACUAAUUAAUCUUAGUGAGUCUACAGUGAGAUUUUCUGGGCUUCUUCCUUCCAGUAGAAUCGUAUAUUGUUACAUGUUUUCGCGGUUGUAGUUCUAACACAUGUUUGUUAUUGGAUGCCAUCCUUUCCAACUUGGUGAAAGCUUCAUAUCCACUUCAAUUUGUGAGGAGCUAGGAAGAUUUUGUACAUAACUGAGACACAUCAUGGCGGAAGGUUUCUGGACCUUGUUUUGUGAUUGUCCAACUGAGUCUGGAAUUGAAUGCAGUUCUGACAUUGCAGCCAUUAUCAAUCCAGAUUCAUGUAUCAACAAUAUUGCGGUCAUUGCAGUUGAUAUCUUGCUUCUGUUCAUCUUGUUUUGUAUCUUCAUCUAUAGAACAUUAUCAAAGAAGGUUAUAGCGUCAUCAGAGUCUUACACCUUCUCUGCUGUGUCAAUUGUUUCGGCCACUUUCAAUGCCUGUUUGUCUUUGGCCUAUCUGGGUUUUGGGAUAUGGAAAACGAUCGAGAAAGUAAAUACAGAUCAGACUUGUUUACCUCUGCAUGGAUGGAUAGUAUUUUUCUUUCAGGGGUUUACUUGGUUGGUGCUGGGAUUAACCAUAAACCUGAAGAAGCCAAACCCUCCCCAAAUUGCGAUAACAAAAGUUCUUUCAAUUCUUGGCUUUUUUAUUGCAGUUUUUCUUUGUGGUUCAUCGAUUUGGGAAGCAACUCUUGAUGAAGCAGUAUCGGUUAUGAUUGUUUUGAACAUUCUUUGUUUCCUUGGAUCAGUUCUCUUGCUUUUUAGUGCAUUUGAGGGAUACAAUGUUGCUAAAGGUGAUCCACAAGUCCAUGUUGACGAUGCUCUGGACACACCUUUGCUGGGUGCAGAAUCGGAUAUCGCAGGUGAAAUCACUUCAAAUCAUGACAUUGUUACUCCUUUUGCAAAAGCUGGUUUAUUUAGUAUAAUGUCAUUUUGGUGGUUGAAUCCAUUACUGAAAAAAGGAAAGGGGAAGAUUCUUGAGAAUGAAGAUAUCCCACAGCUGCGACAAGCUGAUCAAGCACGAACAUUGUACUUGAUGUUUACGGAGCAAGUGCAGAAAAGGAAGGAAAGCAGUUCAUCUGAUGAUGACCCUUCUAUUUUGUCCACAAUUUUUUUCUGCCAGAGGAAAGCUAUAUUAAUUUCUGGUAUAUUUGCACUCAUCAAGGUUCUCACACUGACUAGCGGUCCUCUGUUUCUGAUGGCCUUCAUUAGUGUCGUUGAAGGAGAAGCAGCUUUUGAAGGUGAAGGCUAUGCACUGACAGCUGGUCUCUUUGUGGUUAAGGUCGUGGAGUCAUUGUCAGAGAGGCAAUGGUUCUUCAGAACUAGACUUAUUGGUCUCCAGGUAAGAUCACUGAUAUCUGUAGCAAUAUAUCAGAAGCAACUAAGACUCUCAAAUGCUGCCAAGAUGACUCAUUCUCCUGGUGAGAUAGUGAAUUAUGUGAGCGUGGAUGCUUAUAGAAUCGGUGAAUUUCCAUUCUGGUUUCAUCAGAUAUGGUCCACAAGCCUUCAGCUCUGUCUCUCAUUACUUAUUGUUUACUUCUCUGUUGGAAUAGCAACUCUCGCAGCUCUAACUGUGCUCAUAUUGAUUGUGCUGGGAAGCUCUCCAUUGGUCAAGUUGCAGCAUGAUUAUCUAACAAAGUUCAUGGUAGCUCAAAAUAAGAGGCUGAAGGCCAUAACAGAAGCACUAUCGAAUAUGAAGAUCUUAAAGCUGUAUUCAUGGGAGACAAAUUUCAAGCAAGUCAUAGAGGGGUUAAGAGCAGAAGAACUCAAAUGGAUAAAUAAAGUACUGUUACAUAAGGGGUAUAAUAUCACUUUGUUCUGGUCAUCUCCUAUUUUGGUAGCAGCCGUUACCUUUUGGACGUGCUACUUCCUGGGAAUUACACUCACUGCUAGUAAUGUUUUCACAUUUCUAGCAACUUUGCGUAUUGUUCAGGAGCCAAUUAGGCUUAUCCCAGAUAUUUUUGGAUCAUUUAUUGAAGCCAAGGUCUCAUUCUUGCGCAUUGUGAAGUUCCUUGAUGCACAGGAGUUGGAGAACAGAGAUACAAGGAAAGAGAAUAUUGGCAAAGAGGCUGAGCAUUCCAUUUUCAUUAGAGCCUCCGAAAUUUCAUGGGACACUGAUGCAACCAAGGCCACAUUAAGGAACUUGAACUUGGUGGUUGAACCAGGAGAAAAAGUAGCUCUUUGUGGAGAGGUUGGCUCCGGUAAAUCAACCCUUUUAGCUGCAAUUCUAGGAGAAGUUCCCCUUAUCAAUGGUAUUGUUCAAGUGCAUGGGAAGAUAGCAUAUGUUCCUCAAUCGGCAUGGAUUCAAACAGGAAGUAUACAAGAAAAUAUUCUGUUUGGAUCCACCAUGGAUCAUGUCAGGUACCAAGAGACGCUUGAUAAGUGUUCGUUAGUUAAGGAUCUAGAGAUCCUUCCAUUUGGAGAUCUCACUCAGAUAGGAGAAAGAGGUGUCAAUCUAAGUGGUGGCCAAAAGCAGCGCAUUCAACUUGCACGUGCCCUCUAUCAAAAUGCUGAUGUCUAUCUCUUGGAUGACCCUUUCAGUGCAGUUGAUGCUCAUACUGCAAGCAGCCUAUUCAAUGAUUAUGUCAUGGGAGCUCUGGCAAAGAAGACGGUGUUGCUUGUGACACAUCAAGUCGACUUCCUUCCGGGUUUUAGUUCUAUUUUGUUGAUGUCUUCAGGGAAAAUUUUAAGGGCAGGACCUUACAAAGAGUUGCUGGCUUCUUGUCAAGAGUUCCAAGACCUUGUCAAUGCACAUAAUGACACUGCUGGUUCCGAGAGUCAAGUUGAAUAUGCUGCUACUAGAAAACAUAAAGCAUCUGCCGAGGAGGUUGAAAAAGUUAAUACUGAGGUACAGUUCAAAGAAUCUUCAGGAGAUCAAUUGAUUAAAAAAGAAGAGAGAGAAACAGGAGACACUGGUUUCAAGCCAUACAUUCAGUAUUUGAAGCAUAGCAAGGGAUUUUUGCACUUCUUCUCAUCAAUCUUUUUCCACGUAAUAUUCAUACUGGGGCAAUUAGUACAGGCUUAUUGGUUGGCUUCGAAUCUUCAGGAUUAUAAGGUGUCAAGAGUCGAGCUCUUCGGAGUUUAUUCAUUGAUCAUGUGUAUCAUUUCAUUCUGUUUGCUUCUACGCUCUCUUAAGGUAGUCCAAUUAGGAUGUGGAGCAUCAAGAUCCAUUUUCUUUACACUACUGAACUCCCUUUUCCGAGCACCAAUGCUGUUUUACGAUUCAACACCUCUGGGGAGGAUACUUAGUCGAGUAUCUCUAGAUAUGAAUAUCAUUGACCUUGAAGUAGCUUUAAAGCUAUCCGUAGCUGUUGGGACAACUCUGAACGCUUAUAGCAUAUUCUUAGUAAUGAUUUAUCUUACUUGGCCACUCGUGUUUCUGAUUAUACCGACACUUUAUGCUACCUUUCGCAUUCAGAAUUACUACUUUUCAUCUGCAAAAGAAUUAAUGCGAAUGAAUGGCACGACUAAGUCUGCACUUGCAAGCCACAUUUCUGAAUCUAUUGCUGGAGCCGUGACAAUCAGAGCUUUUGGAGAGGAGGAAAGAUUUUUCUCCAAAAACUUGGAAUUCAUUGAUGCAAAUUCUAGUGCUGACUUCAAUAGCUUUUCAACAAAUGAAUGGUUAAUUCAACGUCUAGAAUUGCUUAGCGCCAUUGUUCUCUCAGCCUCAACACUUGCCAUUACUAUGACUCAAUUCGAUGCUUCUUCCUCUGGAUUUAUUGGGAUGACACUAUCAUAUGGCCUUUCAUUAAAUGUAUUCCUAGUAAUUUCUGUCCAAUUUCAGUGCAUGCUAGCAAAUUCAAUAAUUUCUGUAGAAAGGGUGGAACAAUACAUGCACAUUCCCAGCGAAGCCGAAGAAGUAAUAGAAGAAAACCGACCUGCACACAAUUGGCCUAUUGUUGGUAAAGUGGAAAUACAUGACUUAAAGGUAAGAUAUAGGCCAAAUUCUCCUUUUGUUCUCCACGGGAUAAAUUGCAUCAUUGAGGGAGGCUACAAAAUUGGAAUUGUUGGCCGGACUGGAAGUGGAAAGACAACUCUUGUCAGCGUUUUGUUUCGUCUGGUAGAGCCAACAGAGGGAAAAGUCAUUGUAGAUGGCUAUGACAUUUGUACAAUUGGCCUUCAUGAUUUGAGAUCACGGUUUGGGAUCAUCCCUCAAGAUCCAACAUUAUUCAGUGGGUCUGUGAGAUUCAAUCUGGACCCCUUAUCAGAGCAUACUGAUCGUGAGAUAUGGGAGGUUCUUGAGAAAUGUCAGUUACGAGAGGCCAUCAGAGAAAAAGAAGAGGGCUUGGAUUCUUUAGUUGUGGAAGAUGGAACAAACUGGAGCAUGGGACAGCGACAGCUAUUCUGCUUGGGGCGCGCUUUAUUGAAGAGGAGCCGAAUACUAGUGCUGGAUGAAGCUACUGCAUCGAUGGACAAUACAACAGACUCUAUUCUGCAGAAAACUAUAAGUGCGGAAUUUGUAGACUCCACUGUUAUAACAGUGGCCCAUAGGAUACCAACCGUGAUGGACUGCACUAAGGUGCUUGCUCUUAGUGAUGGUAAAGUAGUGGAGUAUGAUGAGCCAAUUAAGCUGAUGAACAAUGAGGGAUCACUGUUCGGGCAGCUUGUCAAGGAAUAUUGGUCUCGUUCUGCCAAAGCUAGUAUGCACUCAGAGGAUUGAUACGUUGGUUUGAUUGAGGUGUUCUUCAUCGUGUAGCACACCUCUACAUGCUAGCCGUUCCAUUCCCGUAAUAUUUUCUCACUCGUUUUUCCUCGUGUUUCCUUCCAUUAGCAGUGUAAUUGAUCAAAGUUAUUAUCACUGUUAUCUGAGUUUGCUGAGAACUAAUUUGAAUUUAGUGGUUUCAUGAAA